AUGAGCUUACGCCUGGUGGCGCUGCUGCUGGUGACGCUCACCGUCACCCGGACGGUACAGGCUGCCAAGACAGCCACCACCUCCGCCGCGAGCGGUGGGGCGGGCGAAGGAGCGGGCGUGCAGAAGUUCGCCAUGGAGCCCCAGGACCAGACGGCCAUCGUCGGCUCGCGGGUAACCCUGCCCUGCCGGGUGGAGUCGAAGGUCGGCCAGCUGCAGUGGACCAAGGACGACUUCGGGCUCGGGUGGCACCGGAACCUGAGCGGUUUCGACCGCUACUCGAUGGUGGGCAGCGACGAGGAGGGCGACUACUCGCUCGAGAUCAACCCGGUGAUGCUGGACGACGAGGCCCGGUACCAGUGUCAGGUUGGGCGCGGCAAGGACGGUACGCCCGGCAUUCGAUCGCGAUUUGCGACGCUCAGAGUAUUAGUUCCGCCGGAACCGCCAAAAAUCGUGCAGGGCAACUUUCUCGUCACCACCGAGGACCGGGAGAUCGAGCUGGAGUGCGUGUCGGUGGGCGGGAAGCCGGCCGCCGAGAUCACCUGGAUCGACGGUGCGGGCAAUGUGCUGACGAAGGGUAUCGAGUACGUGAAGGAGCCGAUCACGGAUACCGGCCGCUACACGGCUAAGUCGAUCUUGAAGCUGACGCCGAAGAAGGAGCACCACAACACGUCGUUCACCUGUCAGGCGCAGAAUACGGCGGAUCGGACAUACCGCUCGGUGCGGCUGAAGCUGGAGGUGAAGUACGCACCAAAGGUGAGCGUGUCGGUGGUGGGUGGGGCGUUGGCCGGCGGCCGGAUACCGGAGGGUGCCGAGGUGCGCCUAUCCUGCCACGCAGAUGCCAAUCCGAGCGAUGUCACGUACAAGUGGUACCGGGGUGACGAGCUUAUCGUGGGCGACUAUACGACGGAGAUGAUCAUACACAACGUGUCGAAGGAGUACCACGACGUGGUGAUUAAGUGUGAGGUGCACAACGCCGUCGGCAAGAGCGAGGAGAGCGAGAUCCUGGACAUCAGCUAUGGGCCCACGUUUCGCACACGACCCCAGCCCGUCGAAACCGACCUGGACCAGAAGGUGACGCUCAGCUGCGACGUCGACGGGAACCCGCCGCCAGACAUCAUGUGGAUCCACGAGCUGACCAGCCGGAUCGUCUCGAACGCAGCCAACAUCACGCUGAUCGCGACCCGCGACACCGUCGGCAGCUACUGCUGCAAGGCGAGCGUGCGCGGCUUCCCGGAGAUCGAGGCGUCGGCCACCAUCUACCUGAAGGGCCCGCCGGUGAUCCGCUCGCCGCGCCAGCAGACCGGCUCGGUCAACGACAACGCGCAGAUCCAGUGCGACGCCAUCUCCAUCCCGAAGGCGCGCCUGGUGACGUGGACGUACAACGGGCUGGAGGUGAACAACGAGAACGACUACACCAUCCUGGAGAACCACUCGCCCGAGGGCGUCCGCUCGACGCUCAUCAUCAACAACAGCCAGCGGCAGCACUUCGGCGUCUACAACUGCACCGUCGUCAACGAGUACGGCUCGGACUCGCGCGAAAUACAGUUCACCCAGAUGGAGGCAUUCACCGUGCCGAUGAUCAUCGUCGCAUCUGCCGUCGGUUUCGUCGUCAUCGUCAUCUUCCUGAUCGUGCUGAUCCUCAUCUUCCGCCUGCGCUGCUGUGACCGGAAGGACAAGAAGAACCUACCCCAGGCCGACGUCAUUCCAGAUCACUACAUCACCGAGAAGACGUGCAAGGAGAGCGACCGGUCGUCGAACGUGAGCGACCUCAAGAUCGACCGGGACCACGAGUACUCGGAGACGUGCUCCGGCACGGACAGCAUCGCCACGCGCCUCGCCAUGAACAUGCUCGGCUCGUCGAGCGGGGGCAGCAACAACAGCGGAGGUGGCGGCAGCGGCGGCCCCGGAGGUGGCGGCCCCAUCGGUGGAGGCGGUGGCGGUGUACCACUGGCCGGCCCGGUGCGCAUUCCCAGCGACUAUCGGUACUCUGGUGACUAUUCCGACGGCAUCGGAGCGUUUCCGGCCAAGAUUGGCCAGAGCAAUGGCGGGUACGUGCCGUACGUCGACUACGCCCAGGACUACAACCUGCCGAUGCACAUGACGAACAACAUGCAGCUGGCGAACGGGAACCUCAGCCUCACGCGCAACCGCGAACUGCGCCAGGACAACGGGCUGCCGAGCAUCCAGAGUUCGCUGUUGGGCGGUUUGAUGAAUACAUCGCUGAUGAACGCACCGAGCAUAGAUCCACGCUACAGUGCGACGUACGGCAACCCGUACCUGCGCAGCAGCUCCAACCACCUCCCGCCACUUCCGCCACCCAGCACGGCCAACCCGGCGGUCACCCCUGCCCCACCACCGUACAGCGCCAGCCGGCAUCCGGCCACCUCGCUGCUGAUGGGCGUCAACAUCGGUGUCAACUCGGGCAGCGUGAUGGGCAUCGGUUCGAGCCUCACCAGCCCCGAGUCCAUCCGCUCGACGAGCGCCGGCAGUGACCAGCAGCAGCAACAGCAACAACAGCAGCAACAACAACAACAGCAGCAACAGCAACAACAGAGUGGACAAGCCGUGAGUCAAACCGCCGGCAGCCCGGCCCCGGGCCAGUUCAUCCUCCCGGCGAACGGCGACAUCCGCAAGGGGGCGCUCGCAACCCACGUCUAGUGAUCCUUCCGCAGCUUCAUCCACCGAAACCCGACCCACGGGCGCCUUUGAGUUGUCCGAAGCGCGUCAACAUCCGGUCACGU